UUUUUAAUUUUGCAUUAUUGUGAAUAUCGAAUAGUGGUCUAACCAAGCAACCGACCGGCUUGGAACAGAUUGUUUUAAUAUUAUCAACAAAAAAUAUUUAAUAGUUUUAAAAACAUAUUUUUGUGGAUACUUACAAGCACAGAUUCAAUUUUUGAAAUAGAUAAAAAUGGAGAAGCGAUUUUUGGAAAACCCAUUUCCGGACUUUAUCAGCCGUGAAAGCACACCUAUUGUCUUGGAUGAGGAGCACGUGAAGAAUCUUAUUUGCACAUAUAUAGACGCCAUAAUGGAGUGUUGUCAAGUAGGUAAUAUAGAGGAAGACCAUAGAGGAGAUUUAUAUGUCGGAAAUGCUGGAAUUGCCUUUAUGUUCUGGAAAUUAUCAAGAUCCGAAAAUACUAGAGAUCUUUAUCCGGCACUUGAACAUGCGGAAACUUUUAUACGGAAUGCUAAAUGUAAUGCAGAUCGAUACAAAAAACGUUCAGCAGAGAGGUAUUCAUUUUUGUGUGGAAAUGCUGGAAUUUUUGCUGUUUCCGCCGCUAUCUCCCAUGAUUUGAAACAUAUGGAAGAGUUGUCUGAUGACUUGACAAACUUUAAAUCUGGUAUACCAUCCAGCAAAGAAUUUAUGCAUACUAAAUAUGGUUGCGACGAAGUUCUAGUUGGGCGAGCAGGAUUUCUGUCUGGUUGUUACUGGCUUAAUGAUGUGCUUUGUGAGAAAAAAAUUACUGAUGACGAUAUAAUAUCUAUUUGUCAAAUGAUAAUUAACAGCGGAAGAGAAUACGCCAAAAAGACUAAAGCCCCAUUGCCGUUAAUGUACCAGUACCAUGGAACGGAAUAUUUAGGUGCUGCUCACGGUGUUUGCGCUAUUUUACAUAUGUUAUUGGAUAGUCCAUGGUUUCGUACAGACCCCAUAUCAGCACCCAGUGCAGAAUUACGCGACAUAAAACGUUCAAUAGAUUUCUUUCUAACGCUUCAAGAUUCUGAGGGUAAUUUUCCCGUCGCCUUGGAGGAUUUAAAAAGUGGUCGUGAAAAACGUUUAGUACAUUGGUGUCAUGGUGCACCAGGAGCAGUAUAUUUACUUGCUAAGGCAUAUCUCAUCUUUAAAGAGGAUAAAUACUUGCAGGCUUUGCGUAGCUGUGCUGACUUGGUUUGGAAGAAAGGUUUCUUACGUAAGGGACCAGGCAUUUGUCAUGGUGUCGCUGGAAAUGGAUACGUCUUUUUAUUACUCUAUCGCUUAACAAAUGAACCAAAAUAUUACUAUCGUGCCAUAAAAUUUAUGGAACUGUUAACUGAUUCCGAAUUUAAGCAUCGUGCGCGUACACCAGAUAGACCACAUAGCUUAUAUGAAGGUGUAGCUGGAACAGUAUGCUUCUUAAUCGAUUUGAUAAAUCCACAGCAAGCCCACUUCCCCUUCAUGGACGUUUUUCAUUAGUCUUUUGCUGCUUAGAAAUUUGAAGGAACGAAUUUGUUAUAGUAUCAAUUGUACUACUAUAUUGAGCAAAUGCGCACAGGUGAGGUGCAAAUUUAUAAAGCAUAUCAGGGAAUACUCAAGUGUCAGAUAAAUAUUAUAUCACAAAUUGUAACUUGUAUUACCCUAAGUUUUUUGACUUCGUUAAAAAGGAAAUCGGUUUUGUAACAAUACAAAUUAUGGUAUUGUAUAAAAGUGCGUACUUGGCCUUUAAAGGGAUUAAAUAACGGAAUAUUAACCCAAAAUAUGUUUUCAAAUAAUUUUUAUUAUACUAAAAAUGUAUGCAUAAAUACUCAGAAUAGAAGCUUACAUAAAAUUGCUUUGAAAUUGUACUUAAAUUAUUUGUAAAAAGAACAUAUUCAAUAUUUUUAUGAUAUUUACUAUCAAGUUUACAUUUAUAAAUAAAACGUCAGUUAACUACGAUAAAGCCU